AUGGCCAGCGUUGCCCCAGACCUUCCAUCGGCCUCGACCGCUGUGGAGAAAGAUGACUUGGUGAUACCUCUCAUCGACUUUGGUCCUUUCUUCUCAGGAACACCCUCUGAUAAGCAUGCAGUCGCCCUGUCCAUAACCAACGCAUUCAAGACAUCAGGCUUUCUGUAUCUCAAAGAACAUGGUAUUCCACCGUCAGUCGUCUCUCGAGUCUUUGCCUCAUCGGCUCGUUUUUUCAAUCGACCCCAGUCCCAGAAGGACGGAUUGGGUUGGACAACCCCACAGUCCAACCGCGGUUACAUUGCAGCUGGACGGGAGAAGCUCGCCCCCCUCGAGGAAACAGAGGGUAUCAGCACAAUGCGGGGAACUGUACCUGAUCUAAAAGAGACAAUGGAGAUUGGCCGUGAGGGUCUUGAAGAGCUUCCUAAUCGUUGGCCCGACCACCUUGAUAAGGAAGGUCAAGAUUUCAAGGAAACAAUGCUUGCGUUUUUUGAACGAUGUAAAGACUUGCAUCGUCAAAUAAUGAGUGCAAUUGCGUUAGGCAUGAAUCUACCAGAGCACUUUUUUGACGAAUUCGUUAACGAGGGCGAUAACAAUCUGCGCUUGCUCCAUUAUCCUCCUGUUCGGAAGGAAAUCUUCAAAGAUAAUCCUAAUCAGGUUCGGGCAGGUGAGCAUAGUGACUAUGGCUCAGUUACAUUACUUUUCCAAGACCGGCACGGUGGGUUGCAGGUGCGAAGUCCCAGAGGAACUUUUGUUGAUGCCACGCCUAUCGCCGAUACCAUUGUUGUUAAUGCUGGGGAUCUACUCGCUCGCUGGUCCAAUGAUACCAUUCGAAACGAGUCCGAUACAUACCCAUCCCGGUACAGUAUUGCUUAUUUUUGCAACCCCAACAAUAAUAAAUUGAUCGAAGCACUGCCGGGGACUUACGGGGAAGAAACCCACACCUCCAAGAAAUAUGCCGAUAUCACCGCGGGGGACUAUCUGGUUUCGCGAUUGACUGCAACUAUCUAG